AGUUGCCUCUCCGUCCUUUGCGCGGGGAAAUCGAUCGGAAAGAUGCUCGGGAUUUCCUACGGCGAGCUUUUCCUCAUUUUGGGUGCCACAGCCGCUCUUAUUGGGCCAAAGGAUCUUCCGAUCAUAGCUAGGACUGCUGGAAGGUUGGCUGGCCGUGCGAUUGGAUAUGUGCAAGUGGCGCGCGGCCAGUUCGAUAGCGUUAUGCAACAAUCCCAGGCGCGCCAGGUGCAUAAAGAAUUGCAAGAUACAAUGGCUCAAUUAGAAGCCAUACGCCAUGAAAUUAGGUCUAUUUCUUUCAUUAACCCUGGUCCUUUGACAACAAGGCUGGUAGACAACAUUGCCAACCAAGCACCUGUUACAAAUGUGGACAAGGAAACUUCAAAGCCUCCACAAGAGAGCAGAGAUAAAAUUGAUAGCACAGAGGCAACUAACACAGAUACGGCAAUGGGUUACAGUUCAUCAACCUCCCCUCUAUCUGACAUGCAUAGCCAAGCAACUGAAUAUGCCAGAUUGGCCGAAUCUAUGCCUUUAACUUCACAUUCCAUGGAUGAAGUUCUUAAUGAGCUCAAAGAUGCUUCUGGUCAAUUCGUUGUUCUUCCUAUAUCAGCUGAAAGUGCAAAGCUUCUGCCAGGUGGCCCUGGUCGAAGAGAUGACUUAAAGGGAUCUGAUAUAUUAUUGGAAGCAAUGUUGGAGGAAGAUGUGGCACAUAAGGCAAAGGGUUUUUUUUCUGAGGCUCCAAACCAGUGAAAGUGAAUGAUAUAUAGGUUUUUCUUGAUGGCCUAGGACUUGAUAAAAGUUAUUACAGCAAUUGCAGGAAUGUCGGUCAAGGCUUACUCGCAACAGCGCCUCAUUCUCCUUCAAGUCUAUCUUUUUCUAUCAUGUACCAGGGCAGCCUAAAUUCGAAGGUUUUCUCAUGAGAUCAGAAGCCUAACACACUGUCAGUACUGCAUCUCAACAGCCUAUUGUAGUUUUGUAUUAAUGAGAUGGCAUCCAUCCCACUUAAUAGAUAUGGGUAUGUAAACUAUUAGAAUCUUGAAAUCAUUAGGUUUGCAAUUGGAGAAGAAUUUAAACCUUUCUCUUCUAUUGCGCUUCUAACUUUUUUUUUUUUGUUUAAUU